UGUUUGGCGGUCUGCUCCUCCUGUCCAGCCCUAACCAAAUCCUGCUUCCCGUUCCCCACCCCGCUUGGGCGCUGGUGGCGGCGCCGCGAAGCGAGGCGACGAAUCAAUCGGCGCCUCCCCGCCGCCCAGGCUCCACAGGAAGCACGCGGACCCACCGCUCUUCGCUGUGUCGUCGGUGAUUCAAGUACCGUAUUUUUGCCAAGAUGUCUGACGGUCAGGAAAUUGACAAGAAUAUUGAGAUUUGGAAGAUCAAGAAGUUGAUCAAGGGAUUGGAAUCUGCUAGAGGCAAUGGUACUAGCAUGAUCUCUCUGAUUAUGCCUCCACGUGAUCAAAUCUCGCGUGUGACCAAGAUGUUGGGUGAUGAAUAUGGCACUGCUUCAAACAUUAAGAGUAGAGUUAAUCGGCAAUCUGUUUUAGCAGCCAUCACCUCAGCUCAGCAGAGGCUGAAACUGUACAACAAGGUUCCACCAAACGGACUUGUUCUCUACACUGGAACAAUUGUUACUGAAGAUGGCAAGGAAAAGAAAGUUACCAUUGAUUUUGAGCCCUUCAAGCCUAUCAAUGCAUCCCUUUACCUUUGCGACAAUAAGUUCCAUACUGAAGCUUUGAAUGAACUCUUGGAAUCUGAUGACAAGUUUGGCUUCAUUGUUAUGGAUGGUAAUGGAACUCUUUUUGGCACACUGAGUGGCAACACCCGCGAAGUGCUUCACAAAUUCACUGUUGAUCUACCAAAGAAGCAUGGAAGAGGAGGGCAAUCUGCUCUUCGUUUUGCUCGGCUUCGAAUGGAGAAACGGCAUAAUUAUGUCCGAAAGACGGCUGAACUUGCUACACAGUUUUUCAUCAACCCAUCUACCAGUCAACCUAAUGUUGCUGGACUUAUAUUGGCUGGUUCUGCUGAUUUCAAGACAGAACUCAGCCAAUCUGACAUGUUUGACCAGCGUCUCCAGGCCAAAAUACUUAAUGUUGUUGAUGUUUCAUAUGGUGGCGAGAACGGUUUUAACCAAGCAAUUGAGUUGUCUGCUGAAAUUCUAGCGAAUGUGAAGUUCAUACAGGAGAAAAAACUGAUUGGAAAGUAUUUUGAAGAAAUUAGUCAAGAUACGGGGAAGUAUGUCUUUGGUGUUGAUGAUACAUUGAAGGCUCUUGAAAUGGGUGCUGUGGAGACACUUAUAGUGUGGGAAAACCUUGAUAUCAACAGAUACGUGCUUAAGAACAGUGCAACUGGAGAAAUUAUUAUCAAACAUCUGAACAAAGAGCAAGAAGCUGACCAGAGCCAGUUCCGUGAUCCAUCUACCAAUGCUGAGUUGGAGGUUCAGGAUAAGACCUCGCUCUUGGAAUGGUUUGCUAACGAGUACAAAAAGUUUGGGUGCACACUUGAGUUUGUUACCAACAAAUCUCAAGAGGGUUCACAGUUUUGCAGAGGAUUUGGUGGCAUCGGUGGCAUGUUGCGCUAUCAACUGGAUAUCCGUUCUUUUGAUGAGCUUUCCGAUGACGAGGGGGUCUAUGAGGACUCUGAUUAAGCAAUCAAUCCGUCACAUGCCUGUGCUGGACCUUGGAAGGAUGCAAUUGCUACAGUGUUCUAAAUUUUGCUUCAGUGUUGUAGUUUUGAAUACUACUUCAGAAGAUGCAUGUUUCGUUUCCUCUGCAGCAGCAGCUUACAAUUGCAUUGUGAACCACAUCAUAUCAAUCCGUUGAUACCUACUGUCCUGUUGUGUUGUAGACUAUUUAUGACUUGAUUUAAGGUUUGACUUUUAGCAAAUGCUCCAAUGACAACAUUUGAAAUGUGCCUCUUAAGUUUCAUCAGUUGUCUGCCUAGUACAUUGGGCACCACGGUUGCUGCUGGUUAUGUUUCAUGUAACAGAUCGUCUACAGAGUUUGCCCUCA